UUGUUACGACACUUGAUGAGCGAGGUUUAUCGCAUGAUUGUGGGGUCAACUCAGAUAACUCAGAUAUGUGCUUUCUUCAACGCGUCUGCAUGCAUGCAUGUAGUAUGCAGGCGGUGAAGAUAGUGAGCGCAUGUAUCUUCCCCUGCGACCUGCCCUGCGAUAACGAGGUAUAUACUCGAAGGAUCAGGUCCUCAACAAGAACUUGAACGCCCCUCAUUUACCUCAUUUAGUCAUCAUGAGCUAUAUAGGUGGAUCAUUCAACCGUUGCGUAUCAUAACAAAACGGGUCGUAAUAGAUCUUGGCCUUUUUUUUUUUCUACUACUUUUAGGUCCCCUCCAACACUGCAAGUAUCUGAUUCUUCAACAUGAGGCUCCUAGCAUUUCUUAUCCUCAACGCCUUUGUAGGCGCUGCCUUAUGCAGCAAGAAAAGACUUAUCAUCGACACGGAUCUCUUAUCAUUCGACGAUGACCCUUUAGCCAUCGGGUUAAGCGGUAUACUUCAGAACUGGGGGCAGGUUGAACUAAUUGGAGUCAUGUCAAGUGAAAAUAGUCGAUAUGUUCCUCCAGCCAUCGACGCCAUUAAUACUUUCUUCGGCUAUCCGCAAAUUCCGAUAGCCAUCCAGAAGCCUGUCAACAACUUAACAAGACGACCAGGCAGCCCGGAGUUUGGACCUUACGUCGUAGGGCUAACUUAUAACUUCACCCAAGACAUCGGAGACGGAACAAACACCCCUGAUCCAGUUUCAUCAUACCGGUAUCUCCUAUCAACAUCAGCAGAUAAUUCCAUCACUCUCGCCGUCAUUGGGUACUUUGACAACGUGUUCAACCUCCUUAACUCCGGCCCGGACCAAAUAUCCCCCUACACAGGAGCCGAGCUGCUCGCGUCCAAAGUGCGCGAGCUAGUCGUGCAAGCCAACGACGUGGGGUACUCCUUCAACACGAACAUGCACAACGAGACCUUCGCGCAGAAAGUGCUGAACUGGUGGCCGGGAAAACUCACGUUCGCCUGGGACGGCGUGGCCGAGAACACCGUCCUCGGCAGCCGGAUUACCACGGAGCUAGACACGACCAAGAACCCGCUCGGGUACGCUCUACUCGCGAACAUCGGGUACGGCCAGAAGUUCUCGGUCUGGGAUGCUACGGCCGUGUAUUACGCCGUGUGCGGGCUCGACGACGUGUUCCGGUGGAAGUACCCGCACGGCGGCCGCGUGAGCGUCAACGCGUCUGCCUUCGCUACCUGGGAGAAUGCCACGGCUUCCAAGCCUGGGCUGCAGAACUCGCUUGAGUUUAGAAUGCCGAAUACUACGUUUGCGGCCCGCCUGGAAAAUACGCUGUUGUGGGAGCCGGGACAGCGUAUUCCUCAUUGGAGGACAUGGUGUAAGAAUUAAGCUAAAGGGGCAUAUUUGAGUAUU